CCUUCUUCCAAGUGUUCUUUCCAUUAUUCUACAGUGUCCUCUCUUUGGUUCUCUAUUAUUUAUUGUGUCCUCCUUUUGGCUCUCUAAUAUUUAUUUCCACCGUUUUCUCAAAACAAAGCCCCUCCAAAUUCUCCAACAAAUAAUAACCGAAAUGGCCACUGAAAAGCUUAGAAGUGGUGCCAACUUCCUUGAGAACUCUAAACCCUACUUUGCCAUGAUUGCUUUACAAUUUGGCUAUGCGGGCAUGAACAUUAUCACUAAGGUUUCCCUCAACCGUGGCAUGAGCCACUAUGUACUUCUUGUUUAUCGCCAUGCCUUUGCCACUGCUGUCGUCGCUCCAUUUGCCUUCAUCCUUGAAAGGAAAGCUCAACCGAGGAUAAAAUUCCCAAUUUUCAUGCAAAUAUUUUUCCUAGCUCUACUUGGGCCUGUGAUUGAUCAAAACUUCUACUAUGCUGGGUUGAAAUUAACCUCCCCAACCUUCUCAUGUGCAAUGAGCAACGUGCUUCCUGCCAUGACUUUUGUUAUGGCAGUAUUAUGCCGGAUGGAGAAGGUUAACAUGAAGAAGGUGAGAUGCCAAGCCAAGGUGGUGGGAACAUUGGUGACGGUGGCUGGGACCAUGUUGAUGACCUUGUACAAAGGCCCUAGAGUGGAAAUGGUUUGGACCAAACAUGCACCUCAUCAUGGGCAAAUCAAUAAUGCAACAUAUACCACAACAUAUUCAGAGUGAUAAAGUAACUAUGCCACACACAGAGACAUGUACUACACCAAUGAGCGAUAGCCACCUAGAACCUUAUGGAGAGGGACCACUAUCGACCGCCAAGAAGUAUCCACUAUAUUUGAGGAAAGAGUGUGACAUUGCCCCAAGUUCACAUUAUAGAGGAACAGUUCACGAAAGACUUCUCUUGAGACUCACUAACUCAGGAUUUAACUUCCAUAGGAGAGGCAUUCUCUGGCACGAAUAAAAGAAAAUA